AGGAAGAAAGAGAGGAAGGAAGGAAGGAAGAGAAACAGAAAGAAAGAAAAAGAAGCUUUUGUAAAAUACUGAGGAAUCCAUUUCAGUAGACUUUCGUGAGCAUUCAUAUCCAUCUGAAAUGGUAAGAGUUCAAGAAUGACAAACAAAUUCUAAGUAAGUUAACCAAUUCCAGGGGGAAAAAAAAUGACAGAAUUAUACACAUUAUCUGUAUUCCUUCUUGUAGCAUUUGAAUAAAGCCAACUCCUAGUUUAUCACCAGUCAAAAGUGGAAGACAAGGUAAGACUUUUGUGAUUGUGGAGAAGGAUAUUUCCCAAGGUCUGGGCAGUGUUCCACCCCAUGUUGCACAUACACUGGAGUAGAAAUUAACGUCCUCCUUUCUGUAACAUCUGGGUGCACAAUCAUUUGAGAAGACAACUGUAUCAUUGGCACUUUGUCAUUUUGUUAGGGGUUUGUUUGACUCUUGCCUAGUAUGUGUGGGGCACUGGUUUGAUUUCCAUCACUUCCAAAACUAAUUAAUUGAGUAUAAAGUUCAAUCAAAUGUCAUUAUAUUCAGUAACUUUAUGUAAUGGGCUCACUAUGAGCUCGAUUUCUCCAGUUUCCAAACUCACUACAUUAUAAUAGUGUAGUGCAUGGGUAAAGAAAUAAUGUGUAUUUGUACUGCAAAUAGCUAAGCAUUUCCCCAGUAAUUUUUUUUACAAUGAAUUAAUGUAAUAUAAAGAGUAAGACAGAAACUACACAAUUUGGAAAUAAGAAAAGCAGGGACUAGCAGGCUGUACUAUGUUUGGGCUACAUCACUGAGACAGUCUUCUCAAAUGAGUAUCUCCUAAAGAAGGACUAAAGAAAAUGUUGUCAUUACCAGGAAGAAAGGACAUCUGAGGAACGGGACAGAUCUGCCCAACCACAAAAAAAUAAUUUGCAACAAUACUGAUGUUUCCAAACAUUAUGAAACAGUAUUGAUUACUUAGAAAUAUGGAAGAAUUAUAGAAAUAAAUAAAAAAGGAAUAAAAGCAGUUUCAAUAUAACAUAGCCAAAAAAGAAAUAAAUUUGUGAAAUUAAUAGUCAAUAGGCUCAGAUGGUAAGACUAAUGCCAUAUUAGUUAUUAAAUUCUCACUCAAAAGGAUAACACUUUACUUUAGGUAAAAGCACAGUGAAUGCACAAAGAAUGGACCAAUAUAUGUAGAUUUGCAUAAAAACAGUGUGGCAUUUCCAACAAUCUUGAAAGAAUAAAAAGAUAUAUGAAAGAGGUUUAAAAUCUGUUGUUCAAUAUGUGAAUAUUAAAAUAUGACUUAUUUAGUUAGGCACAAUUGUUCUAUUAUUAGUUGGGGGUGAAUCUCCAAAUAGCAGAGGCUGCAGUUUCCUACUGUGGACUCUGGGCGCCGCUGUUGGCCAGAUUGGAGAGCUUGGAGCUCCAUGUCUUGCGCAGCCGCAGAGCGCUUUCCGAGUCGCCCUUUCUCCGCCUUAUCCUUUACACCGCUUCUUCCAAGCAAAAGAAGAAUCGUUUCGUGGACCAGAACUGACAUCAAAGUCCAUUUGGAGCCCGGAAUAUCCGCAGCACGGAGCUUCCUUGUAACCCGGCGUCUCCAGACUGGUGAGCAAGCAAAGGGAAACCAGAAGGAUGCGGGAGGGCGCUGCCGAGAGGCGCCGGGUGCAGAGGCAGCCAAUGCUCCUUCCCUUCCUGCUGUCUUUGUUCUGCCCCGCGCUCUCUGAGCAGAUCCGCUACAAGAUCCCCGAGGAAAUGCCCACCGGCUCUGUAGUGGGGAACCUCGCCAAGGACCUGGGCUUCAGUGUCCAGGAGCUACCGACGCGAAAGCUGCGUAUCAGUUCUGAGAAGCCUUACUUUAGUGUGAGCGCAACCAGCGGGGAGAUGCUAGUGAGCAGCAGGCUGGACAGGGAGCAGAUUUGCGGGAAGAAGCCUGUGUGCGUUCUGGAAUUUGAGGCCGUUGCUGAACAUCCAUUGAACUUUUAUGACGUGAGCGUGGAGCUUGAGGACAUUAAUGACCACAUGCCAAAAUUCACGCACACUUCCUCAGAGCUGCAAAUAAGUGAGUCUGCACAACCAGGCACCCGAUACCUACUAGAAGUAGCAGAAGAUGCAGAUAUUGCUUUAAACUCGCUACAGAAUUAUAAACUCUCUCUUAGCCCUAGUUUCUCACUAGUGAAUAAAGAAAAACAAGAUGGUCGUAAAUACCCGGAAUUGGUGUUGGAGAAAACUUUAGACCGCGAGCAACAGAAUUACUACCGAUUAGUCCUGACUGCCUUAGACGGCGGGAAUCCUCCCCUAAGUGGCACCACUGAACUUCGGAUUCAAGUCACUGAUGCCAACGAUAAUCCUCCGGUGUUCAACCAGGAAGUGUACAGAGUCCGCCUUCCGGAAAACGUGCCUCCAGGCACAACUGUGCUUCAGGUGACAGCUACGGACAAGGAUGAGGGCGUGAAUUCGGAGAUUUCUUAUUCCUUCUAGGAUGGGCAAGUGUUUAGUCUCAAUUCAAAGAGUGGAGAAAUUACAACACAGAGGACACUGGAUUUUGAAGAAAUCAGAGAAUAUUCUAUAAUAGUGGAAGCGCGGGAUGGUGGAGGCCUGGUUGCACAAUGUACAGUUGAAAUUAAUAUACAAGAUGAAAAUGAUAACAUCCCAGAAGUAACAGUCCGCUCUCUACUCGAAACGAUUCUAGAAAACGCAGCGCCAGGGACACUAAUUGCUUUGAUCAAAAUACACGACGGAGAUUCUGGGGAAAACGGGGAGGUUAAUUGUCGACUAGAUGGUGAAGUGCCCUUUAAAAUAAUCCCUUCUUCUAAAAACUCAUAUAAACUAGUAACAGAUAAAACCUUAGACCGAGAGCUGACCCCAGAAUACAACGUCACCAUCACCGCCACUGACAGAGGCAAGCCACCCCUCUCCUCCAGCAUAAAAGUCACCUUACACAUUGGUGACGUCAAUGACAACCCUCCGCUUUUCCACCAGGCCUCCUACUUGGUGUUUGUUGCCGAGAACAACCCACCUGGAGCCUCCAUCGCUCAAGUCAGCGCCUCGGACCCCGAUUUGGGGUCCAAUGGUCAUUCCUACUCCAUCAUAGACAGCGACCUGGAGCCUAAAUCGCUGUGGUCCUACGUGACCGUGAACGCGCAGAGCGGAGUGGUGUUCGCUCAGCGCGCCUUCGACCACGAGCAGCUGCGCUCCUUCCAGCUGACUCUGCAGGCGCGCGACCAGGGCUCGCCCGCGCUCAGCGCCAACGUGAGCAUGCGCGUGCUGGUGGGCGACCGCAACGACAACGCGCCGCGCGUGCUGUACCCCGCGCUCGAGCCCGACGGUUCCGCGCUCUUCGACAUGGUACCGCGCGCUGCCGAACCCGGAUACCUGGUCACUAAGGUGGUGGCGGUGGACGCAGACUCGGGACACAACGCCUGGCUGUCAUACCACGUGCUGCAGGCCAGCGAUCCCGGGCUCUUCAGCCUGGGGCUGCGCACUGGCGAGGUGCGCACAGCGCGUGCCUUGGGCGACAAGGACGCCGCGCGGCAGCGCCUGUUGGUUGGUGUUCGCGAUGGUGGACAGCCACCGCUCUCGGCCACUGCCACGCUGCUGCUAGUGUUCGCUGACAGCCUGCAGGAGGCCCUGCCAGACCUCAGUGACCACCCACUACCCCCUGACCCUCAAGCGGAGCUGCAGUUCUACUUGGUGGUGGCCUUGGCCUUGAUUUCUGUGCUUUUCCUCCUGGCUGUGAUUCUAGCCAUUGCGCUUCGACUGCGACACUCCUCCAGCCCCUCUGUCUGGGGCUGCUUUCAGCCUGGACUUUGUUCUGAGUCUGGACCUGUGGUUCCCCCCAACUACAGCGACGGUACUUUGCCGUAUUCCUAUAAUCUGUACGGUGCACAUGGCGGAAAGACAGAGUAUAAUUUCCUAAAAUGUAGUGAGCCAUUGAGUUCAGGACAAGGCCUUCUUUGCCCGGAGUCAUCUGGGGCCUUGUUUCCACUUUGUGAGUCCGGUGAGCCGACUUCCCACCCGGAACCUCUAACACCGGUGAGUUCCAUUCAAACCUUUGCUUCCCCCUUCUUGAACUACACAACUGUCUAUAUUUACAUAGCAAAACAGCACAUUUUCCUGGUCUUGUGAAUCCUCUUCAAAAAAUUUAAAAUGGCUCUAUUUCCUUUCAUCAGUGAAGUGAGGUGAAUUAUGCAAUAAAAUAAGUUCCAGAAAGAAAUUCAAAAGGUUACAGAUUUACAGUGUAGUGAAAUAUCCACAUAGUACUGAGAGGGUGUGCUGUUGGCUUCACAACAAAAUAAGUGGACACUUUGUUCAAAGUGAUUGAAGUUUACCUGUUGGUUUUCACUUUUUUGAGACCGAGUCUUGCUAGGUAACUUUUAGGAUGGCCCUGAUUCAUGACUCACAGUGUAUCCAGGCCUGCCUGGAAGUUACUAUACUGUGUGGCAGAGGCCAGCCUAGAACAGGAGAUUCUCUUGCCUCAGUCUCCUGGAGGCUGGAUUACAAGUCUGAGCCACCAUUCUUUCUAAUUUUAUUAUAAAUAGACAAGCAUUAAAUUUAGAGUAUAUAAUAAUUUGCCAGGUGAUGGCGGCACACGCCUUUAAUCCCUGCAUUCAGGAGGCAGAGACAGGUGGAUCUGUUUGAGGCCAGCCU